GGAAGUGGUGCACAGGCGGUACUUUCUGCAUGAGGUUCACGAGUACGUCUCGAAGGAGAUAAUUUUAUCCUUUUGCUGUCUGUAGCACAUAUUUGAAUGUGGAAAGCUACACACCAACGCGAGUAAUGGAAACAACGGCCGUGUCCAUCGGUUGGGCUACUAAAACCUAGCCCGCAUUAGAAUUAUCGACGAAGUUGCAUCCAGGCUAUUUCUUAUCACUUUCAACAUGGCUCAAAAUUACAACAACUUGAACCGGGCUCAGUUGAGCUUUGAUUAUCUUCAUACCAAUUCAACUACCCAUGAGUUUUUGUUCGGUGCACUUGCAGAGUUGGUGGACAAUGCCAGGGAUGCCUCGGCUACUAGGAUGGACAUUUUUACAAUCCAAGAUGAAGAACUGCGGGGUGAAUACAUGCUGUGUUUUCUGGAUGACGGUGAAGGAAUGGAUCCAAGUGAUACUUCAGAUAUUAUAACGUUUGGUCGUUCAACAAAGAGGUCGCUAGAUAGUCCACUUAUUGGAAUGUACGGCAACGGUCUGAAAUCGGGAUCCAUGAGGAUUGGUAAUGACUUGAUGUUGUUUACUAAGAAGGGCGUGACCAUGUCCUGUCUCUUCCUGUCGCGUACCUUCCACGAGGAGGAAGGCAUUGAUGAGGUGAUUGUACCUCUGCCAUCAUUUGAUGUCAACACAAGGAACCCAACAUUACCCGGACCGAAGCAUGACUCGGAGAUGGAACUGAUACUGAAGUACUCGCCAUUCACAUCAGAGGAGGAAUUCUUUGCCCAGUUCGACAAGAUCGAGGGCAGCUCAGGAACGCUUGUGAUAGUGUAUAAUAUGAAACUGUUAGACAAUGGUGAACCUGAGUUAGAUAUAACGUCAGAUAAUGAAGAUAUUCUCUUGGCUAACCCAACGCAGGAUUUUGAUUCUGAUGAAGGGUUGAUGCCAGAGAGAAAAUCCUUCAGAGCUUAUACAUCUAUUCUAUAUGUGGACCCAAGGAUGAAAAUUUAUAUACAAGGCAAAAAAGUGCGGACUAAGAAGUUAAUGUGUAGUCUAUACAAACCUAAGUGUUACAAAUACUCCUCAAACCGCUUCAAAACGCGGUCGGAAAACGAAGUGCAACGCGCAAAGGACGAAGCUAAGCAGGCAGAACAUAAAGUGAAGGAACUUGAAAGUAAAGCUAAACAUUUAGAGAAUAAACAAAGUGGGUCUAUAUCAAAAGAUCAAAGAACAGAACUUCGGAAGGCACAACAGCAGGCAGCGGAGUACAGACGAAUAGCAGAAUACAAGAAACAGGUGGCAGAGAGAAAGGCAAAAUCACUAAAGGAUCCGAAGAUACUGAAUUUUGUGUUCGGAAUCAAUCUUGAGAAUCGGAAUCAUGAUGGUAUAUUUGUAUACAACUGCAGUCGACUUAUCAAAAUGUAUGAGAAAGUAGGUCCUCAGACUGACGGUGGUGUGUUCUGUAGUGGUGUAGUAGGGGUUGUGGAUAUUCCCUACUUGGUGUUAGAACCCACACAUAACAAACAAGACUUCGCCGACGCUAAAGAAUACCGACACAUGAUGAAGGCGAUGGGUGAACACAUGACGCAGUAUUGGAAGGACAUUGGGAUAGCACAACAAGGGGUAACAAAGUUCUGGGAGAACUUUGGAUAUGUAAGUCAGAGAUGGAGAGACCCUCCCUCUGAGGACAACAAGUACGCAAGGAAAAGGGCCAUGCAGAUCAAUGUCACAUUACAAUGUGACAUGUGCCUGAAGUGGCGGACAUUACCAUUCUCUUCCAACAACAUUGGCAAGGACUUCCCUGACGACUGGGUGUGUGCUAUCAACCCAGACGUAGCUCACAACAGAUGUUCUUCAGCAGAACAGAAGAUGAAUAUAAUAGAAGGGGUAUUCAAGAAAGCUGUUAAAUCUCAGGACCAGAAACAAAAGGACAUAGAGGAGGCUAUAAAGAAAAAGUCAAAAGAACUUGAAAAAAUGCAGAAACACAAACCAGUGAUGUCAUCAAGGCAACUGGCAGAAAUGGAUAGAAAGAGGAAAGAGGAGGAAGACAGGAAACGGAGAGAGGAAGAGAGGAGGAGGAAAGAAGAGGAACGAGAGAGAUUGGAGGAAGAAAGAAUAGCUCAACUCAAGGCAGCAAGAGAGGCAGCAGCCAAAAAGGCAGCAGCAAGGAAAGCGCCCCCGUCCCCUCCCCCUCCCAGGAAAGUGGCAAGUGCUUCCAAGUCCCGAGCUCCAAUUAGAUCCCCCACGGUGACCUCCACACCCAGGGUUACCUCAACGCAGAAAUCCAGGAGUGAACCAAAGUCUAAACCGGAACCAAAGGUGUCCACUACCAAACCCAGCCCAGUAAAACCACCACCAAGGACGUCAAGGAAUUCAUCAGAUGCUGCUGAAUCUGAGGCAUUGUCGACAAAACGGAGAUCGACGGUUGUAUCCUCAGUAGAUAUUGACGAGGAACAAGUCGUGCCUGCAAAACGAGCCAAGGCCUUAUCUUCUGAAUCCGACUCUGAUGGUUCAGCCACAAGUACUAAGAAACCGGUGGCAGGCAUCUUUACAGAGUCAGACUCUGAACCAACGCCAGCAAAGAAGCGAGGACGAGGAACGAAGGCUGAGAAAGAAGAGUCUUCCUGUGAUGAAAUGGAGGUAUCUGAGACGACCACGGAGGUUAAACCUGACAUUGAGGAAACCAACCAGGUGUCUUACAAUGACGCUGAUAGUAACGCUGAGAUUGGGACCAAGGUGGAGGCACUAGUGAGUGGUAAAUGGUAUCCGGGAGUUGUGGCCAAGGUCAACUCUACUGACGGCAAGUGGAAGGUCAAGUUUGACAACAACCCUAAGGACAAGUAUGAUAAAUGGUUUGACAAGAGCAGCUCUGACAUCAGGUUAAAGAGUGGUCAGCCGAUCCCGGAGUCCCAGACCCCAUCAUCCCCCGCCUCCUCUCAGGAUACAGCAGCAGAGGCUCCCUCCUCCUCCACCACCACGACCACCACCGGCGCCACGCCCUCCAGCCAGAUAACUGAGGAAAUCGCCAAUGGUUACAGGACAAGCUUGCGGUACUUUUUACCUCCCCAGUGGGUGAUGGACAAAGAUGCCAUAUCAACCAUGUCGCUAGAAGAGCUGGCUGCCUUCCCUCUAGAUGACUUUUUUGACCACUACGAAAAGGGACUCCGGAAGUUGGUUGGAAAUUUCCAGACGGAGGCCACACAACGAAAGCAGGAGUGUGAAGCAUCCAUGGCUAAACUGUCUGCUGUUCGUAAACUUAUCGCAAAACUUCUCAAGUCUAUAAAUGAGGAGUUUGAUAUUGAUCCAGAGGCUGACGGGGAACAAGUUGAUGAACUUUUGGCAGCAUGUGUAAAACAGGCAGUACAGUCACAGCCGUGAAUCAGAUUCAAGAUCACCCAGAAGCUAAGAACAUCAUAUGCCAGGUCCCACAGACGUUUAAAGCAUCCAGUUCCAGGUCACACAGAAGUUUGAAUUAAUAAAGUUUACUUGGAGUAUGAAGCAGACCAUUGACCUAAUGUGAUCUUGGAAACAAACCUAAUUUUAUAUAAAGGGGACUUUGGAUCAUAAAUUGGAUCUGGAUUUUACUUCAUCUUGGAAUAAAAGAAUCAGUAUCUUAUGAAAACUUUGAUUUUAAGGAUAAAAGUGAUGGUACAUCAGGGUUAGGGCAGAGUACACAGACCUGUAUAAAGCAGGAGUCUGUUAAACAAGCCCUUCGACCCAAACUUUCUAUAAUGUACUCCACGUACUGAUGCGGAUGUAGCUUCUUCAGCUGUGUAUUGAAGGUGAAACAGGAGUUGUGAGUUAUACAGAGAUUUGUAUUUUAAAUGCAAUCAGACAGAGAACUACAGCAGAAGUGUCAGCCUUGGUGUAGAGCAGUGUCACUUCCUACUCUUACGAGGAGUAUUCUGAAGGUGUCUACAUACGAUUUUCAGCAUCAUAUGUAAUACUUGUAUAUUUUAAACAUUGAAAGUGACAUCUUCAUGUGACAAUAUGAAGUUUUAUUAUAAGUUUGACUGUUAAUGAUUUGCCAUAAUUUAUUACUUUGAUCAUUAAGUAAAUGUGAAUCAAUCAUGCUCGCAUUUCAUCCAUUGAAUUUAUUAUGAAUCUCUGUACACCAGAGCAUCUAGGUGGUUUCUGAAUUCUAUAUAACAAAUCUUAGAAGGGCCAACUUCUACAGAGACAGGAGCUGCAGUGCAGAGAGAAGUCGGUGUCUACAUCAAAUUACUGUAGCUUAAAACCCGCGUCACAUGAUGAAUGAUUAACACUGUCCGAUACUUCUAAGAAUGAUGUGCCGAUCUGUAAAGGGGAGGGCAGUUGUCAGGAUAAAUCCAUUUUUAUAAAGAAGUUGAUUUAGUUUGUAAAAGGUUGUAAAGUUCACAGCUUUGACAACUGCGGGCUUCUGAUAGACCUGUCUUUUGUAGGUCUUAAUGAUGGGUGAUGUGCAAAUUUCAUUGUGUACUGUUGACAUUGAGUUUGUACUGAUAAACGACUGAAGAAAUAUACAGUAAAACCUGUCGUAAAAGGUCAGUCGAGGAACAGAGCAAGCUGAUAGGGAUUUCCACACUUCCGGUCAGGGAAAGAUAUUUCUGUCUUACCCUAAAGUAAAGAUGGGAGAAUCCCCCCUUAUAACAAUAGUAUGACGACACGUCAACAAUAGCAGAUCACAGAAGAUAACACUCAUUUGCUAGUUUAAGCAGUCAACCUUUGCAUUUUAUGAAUUUACUAUUUGUAUCAUUCCCGCUUCUUGAGAAAAACAAAUUUCGAUAGAGAAACUUGCCAAAUAGGUUUAGAAAUAUCCCAGUUAAAAUGAGCACAUGUUAAUGAUGCUUUAUACAAAGUAAGUAUCCGUACAUAGGUAAUCUCUUUAACUCAUUCACCCUUGAAAUUUUAUAAUGAACUAUUCCAGCCUUUGAAUUGGAAGAGUUCAAAUGUGUCUUCAGAUACCACUAGGUAAGGUGUUUUGAUAAAAGCUUUGUCCUCAACUUCCAUUAUAUAUAUUACCAUUUAAUUGUUUUGUCAUAAAUUACUUUGUGUAAAUAUGACGAAAUUGUGUUCGCUACAGAGCAGUCAAGAUAACACGUCAAGAUAACACGCAACUUUUCCAGGUGACGAUGACACCCCCCCCCCUCUGUCGUCAUGCAUACAUCAUAUACCCAUCAUAUCAACCCUACAUCUGACCAUUGUACAUAUGUAAAUAAUAUAGGGGUGUACAUAUUGUACCUGUUGUAUAUUAUACACCAUUUAUAUAAUUACUUUACAUCAUUAUAUAAAGGUGUUUUAGCGGAUUUUUGCAAAUUUUCUUGCUUCUUUAUUAUUGUAGUUCAUUUAUAAUGAAAGAACUACAGGAUUUACCUAUAUUUACUAAAUAAAACACUAACCAUGUCAAAGCAGUUCUAUAACCCUUUCUGUAGCUGUUAUAGAAGCAGUUCUAUAACCCUUUCUGUAGCUGUUAUAGAAGCAGUUCUAUAACCCUUCCUGUAACUGUUAUAGAAGCAGUUCUAUAACCCUUCCUGUAGCUGUUAUAGAAGCAGUUCUAUAACCCUUCCUGUAGCUGUUUUGUUUCACACUUAUGUUGAACAUGUCAAUUGGAAAAACUGGUUUUCAAGAAAUUGGAAACAUGCCACUUUUAUAUGUUGACUGAAAUAUCGUAACAUGCAUAAUAUAGAGACUUUGUGUGGAAAGAUUUAACAUAUCAAACUGUGGUACGUUUCUGGUAUCCCAAUCCAUUGUUUGGUACACUGAAAUUUGUCUGACGAAAACUGGGCAGAAUUUAACUAAGGAAAAGUUUUCAACAUCACAACAGAGUUAAACGUGUAAAAUCUGAACAGUCCACCUAACUGCACCUUUUGCAGAACUGUUACUGGUAAUAGUCGACAAUAAUAAACCUACUUUCAUGUUUGUUUUCAUAUUGACAUAGAUGAUGGUGUUAUAAAUUGUAUCAUUUAAUGAGCCUUAACAAUUAAAAGGGACGACCUUUUUUUUAUUUCUUUCCUGAUCCUUGUUUCAUUUGAAUGGGGGGAAAAAACAUCCAUUUUUUUUCAUGCAAAAAAAAAAUGGAAAUUAAUUUAAACUCUCGUGUAUUGGCGUACUUUCUUCAGUUUUAUCAGUUCUGUUCCGAAAGUGUGAAAAGAACCCUUAUUUUACAUUGGUUUGCCCCCAUCAUUAAUACCAUAGUAGGAAAGACCUAUUACCAACACCAGGUAUGCUACCUACCUAUAUAGCAUAGAUCAUGUAAGCUGUUUAUUGACAUCAUUGAGGUCAUAAUAACAUAACUCUUUUAUAUUUUUAAAGUUUUAAGAGGGGCGAGUGCUAGUGUGAUUGUGUGAGUUGACAUGUAAUUUUAGUUUGUUCUCAUCCUAUUGAAGGUGUCUGAGGCAGCAUUGUAUGCUGAGUUGUACACCAAUAUUAUCAUCGCUUUACGUACUUCACUUCCUGUGUACCGACCUAGAUGUUCUUGUGUUGUUUUAGUACUAGAAAUGUCCAGUAAUGAUUGGUUCACUCGAGUUCAUGUGUCCUGUUUCUAUCUGAAAUGUAUAUAACAAAUAGAUGGUAGUUAGUCCUUCUGAUGCGGAGUAAGGUGAAAAACUACAAAUUUAUUGUGGUGGAAUUAUUUGAUCUCGUAAAUCAAACAGCUGAGUUUUACUUGUAUAAAUGUUUGUCGAUCAUUUCGUUUGUAAUGGUCAGUUUGACUGAAAGCUUUUUUUUCACAAUGCAGGUGUUUCAGACAAUUUUAUGUUAGAAAAAACAGAUUUAUCAGGGUCCGUCGGACACUCCCAAUAGGAUUUAUAUCAGGAAUCUAAUGGAGUCUACACACAAACAUUAAUUCACAUCAAAAUGACCACAAAGUCUAUUGUCUAGAGUUGUGGGAUUUCACUGAAUAGCUCCUAACAGCUCAUAACAGCUCAUAACAUACACAAAACCACAUAGCUUGCUUAGCUUGCCAAUUGAGAAUACAAGAAUUUAUUUUGAGGCUGUCUUUAUAUCCCUGUAUCCACAUGUUAUUUAUCUACCCCAAAAAAACAAAAGAAAUAUUAUUUUUGUAUGUUGCAUUACAUCUUAUGCUGGUUGAAUUAUAGAGCAUUUAUGAAUUGGUUUUCAGAUUUGAUAAAUGCUAUUAUAAUUUAUAUGGUCCUUCACAUUUACACAAUAGGCAUACCUGGAUCCUGGUAAUAUUAGUCAACAGCUGGUGACAUACAAUCCCAUGUGUUCACUUCAUUGUACAACAUGGCUUCUGUCAUCUCUAAACUCUAUACAAUUUUGUGUAAUUUCUUUUUCAUUUACUGAAGUUUUCACUGUGCUGGUACUAACUGUAGUUGAGUCUUUAAAUUUUUCAUUUAAUGUAAUCACAGUAUGAUUAUA